AUGAAGCAGAGCAUCUUGGGCCUCCGGGGAUUCCUUGUAGUCCUUCGUGAAGACCGUUCAUACCCCUUUGAGCUCCCUGGUAGUCCUCUCCCCCUUGAAAGCCCCUGUAACCCUCCUACAGCCCCUUGUAGCCCCCCCUGUGGCCCGCUCCUGACAAGCCGCCUUCGUACUCCUCCUACAGCCCCCUUGAAAGCCGGACCCUUGUACCCGCCCUACAACCCUCUUCGCCCCUUGAAGCCCCCCUUGUACCCCCCACAGCCCCUUGUAAGCCCCCCUGUGCCCUCCCUACAGCCCCCUUGUAGCCCCCUUGUACCCUCCCUGUACAUUCCCCCCCUGACCCCUCCUACAGCCCGCCUUCCCUUGUACUCCUACAGACCCCUUGAAGCCCCCCUUGUUACCCCGCGUACAAGCCCCCUGAAGCCCCCCGUUGUGACCGCCUCCUACAGGCCCCCUUCCCCGGUCUUGUACUCCUCCUACAGCCCCUUGAAAGCCCCCCUUGUACCCCUUCCUACACGCCUCUUUCCCCCCUACCCCUCCUACAAGCCCCCUUGUAGCCCCCCUGUACCCUCCUACAGCCCCCUUGUAGCCCGCCCCUCCUACAGCCCCCUUGUAGCCCCUUGUAGCCCCGCCCCCCUACGCCCCCCUGUAGCCCCCUGCUACCCCUCCUACAGCCCCUUGUAG